AUGGACCAGGUGGGCCAACGCUUUGGUGACUGGAAACGCUAUGACCAGGCCCAUCAGUGGGGCGUCGACCAGAUGCCGGAGCUCGCCAACGGUCCCGGCGAGACCCAAGUCGAGGUCGAUGCCGCGGCGGGCGUCACCACGGUCCACUACGGACCCGAUCUCAGCCGAGCCAUUCGCAUCCAGCAUCGCCCCGUCAAGAUCGAGGUGCUGCGCGACGGCGUCGUUCAGGUCGUCCUCAAUGAGCGCGGACUGCUCCACAUGGAACACUUCCGCAAGAAGCCUCAGACAUUCCCUACGGUCAAGACUGAGGGCAGCGCCGACGAGCCCAAGCAAGUCGUUUUCGAGGCAAGGAAACGGUCGAUCCUCUCUUCACCUCAAGCAUCUGAACUUGACGAACAGCUGGUGUCCCAGUGGGCCGGCUUUGAAGAAGAGGAUUCGGGCGAAUGGGAGGAGACGUGGGCCGGGCGGCGGGACUCGAAGCCCAAGGGACCUGAGGGUCUGUCCCUCGACUUUACGUUCCCGGGCUACCCGCACCUGUUUGGUCUUCCGGAGCACGCAUCCCCGCUCUCGUUGAGAUCUACGCGGAGCCCGGUAGGCGAAGCCGCGUCCGACGAAGAGGCAGGUCGCUUCCAGGACCCGUACCGGCUCAUGAACACCGACGUCUUCGAGUACGACUACGACUCUCCGAUGAGCCUGUACGGCAGCGUGCCGGUGCUGCAUGCCCAGGGCAAGGACAGCGCCAUCAGCAUCUUCUGGCUGAGCGCAUCGGAGACCUGGAUCGACAUCCACAAAACCCGGCCAUCGCCCUCGACGACCGACUCGCACGCCCACUUCUUCUCGGAAUCGGGCAUCCUCGACCUCUUCCUCUUCACGUCUGCCGACGCCCAGACAAACAUGGCCCACUUCACCAAGCUGGUCGGCCGCACUGCGCUCCCGCAGUACUUUGCCAUCGGCUACCACCAGUGCAGGUGGAACUACCUGACCGACAGCGAUGUCAAGGAUGUCAGCCAGCGUUUCGACGAGGAAGAUAUUCCCAUGGACGUCAUGUGGCUCGACAUCGAAUACAGCAAGGAACACAUGUACGGAGUGUGGGACGAAAAGGCGUUCAAGGACCCGGAGGGCAUGGUCAAGGCCCUCGAUGAUCGAGGUCGAAAGCUCGUCGUCAUCAUCGACCCUCACCUCAAGAGGACUCGCGACUACUGGCUGUACGCCGAGGCGCAGGACAAGAAGCUCCUGGUUAAGGACUCGACCGGCUCUGGAGAGUAUGAGGGCUGGUGCUGGAGCGGCAGUGCGAGCUGGCUCGACAUGUUUGAGCCUGCCAGCUGGCAGUGGUGGGCCGACCAGUUCUCGCUCGCCGGCAGCAAGCUGACGGGCAAGAUUCGCGCCAAUGCCCGCAACGUCUUUGUAUGGAACGACAUGAACGAGCCGGCCAUCUUCAACGGCCCCGAGAUCACGUCGCCCAAGGACGUGAUCCACGCGGGAGGGUGGGAGCACCGCGACCUCCACAACAUCAACGGCGUCCUGUUCCACAACCAGACCGCGCGGGGCCUCCGCGAUAGGGAGCUCAAUGUACCCGCCUCGAUGGGCGGCGGUAAGCGACGUCGGCCAUUUGUGCUGUCGCGGGCAUGGUGGGUCGGAACGCAGAAGUACGGUGCCAUCUGGACCGGAGACAACCUCGGCACCUGGGAGCACCUGGCGGUCAGCGUCCCCAUGAUCCUGGCCAACAACAUCGGAGGCAUGAGCUUCUGCGGUGCCGACGUGGGUGGUUUCUUUGGCAACCCCUCCCCGGACAUGCUGGUUCGCUGGUACCAGGCCGGCAUCUUCGAACCCUUCUUCCGCGCGCACGCGCACAUCGACACCAAGCGCCGCGAGCCGUAUCUCCUCGACGAGCCCUACCGAAGCGCGGUCCGGGAGCUCAUCAAGACCCGGUACCGGAUGCUGCCGGUCUGGUACACGGCGUUCAAGGACUCGGCCGUCUCCGGACUGCCGGUGCUGCGGCCGCAGUAUCUCAUGUUCCCUCACGACGUCGAGGGCUUCGGCAUCGAUGACCAGUACUACAUCGGCGACACGGGCCUGCUGGUGAAGCCCGCGGUCAAGCAAGGCGUCGAGUCGGUGGACGUCUAUCUCGCCGAGGACAAGCCGUACUACAACUACUUCACCCACGACGUCUACCACGGCUCGACGGGCGGCAAGAGGGUCACGGUACCGGCCCCGUUGACGGCACAGCUGCCGGUGCUUCACCGCGGCGGCUCUAUCCUGCCGAUUCGGGAGCGGGCGCGCCGUGCUGCCGAGCUCGCCCGACGGGAUCCCUUCACGCUCAUCGUCGCGCUCGACAAGGUCGACUCCUCGCCGAGCCACGGCGGUCGUCGUGUGAGGGCGCAGGGCUCGCUCUACCUGGACGACGGCCAGACGUACGACUACGAGCAGGGCGAUUUCGUCUGGCGGCGGUUCCGCUGGUCCUCGGAUCCGGCCGCGGGCAGUCACGCCCUCGAGAGUGUGGACGAGACGCAGCUCAAGGCCCAGUCGGCCGACGUGGUCCUCGCCGACUCCAAGCAGGUCGCUCCGUAUUCCACCACCAACCAAUUCGCCGAGUCCAUCCGCGACGUCAGGGUCGAGAGGAUUGUCGUGCUCGGACUGGAGAAGGAGCCCAAAACGAUCCGGAUCCGCGGCGGCCGCAACGACGGACACGAGGUCGAGUGGACCUGGAAGGCCGGCGUGGCCGCAUCGGGCAAGGGCGGAAGUAGCUUCGGUUUCGGUACCGGGUCCAGCGCGGCCAGCGAGCUGGUCAUCAAGGACCCCUCCGUGCUGAUCCGAGACAACUGGACCAUCGAGUUCGAGUAG